CGCCGCGUUUAUUUUUGCCGGUGACUGAGCUGAGGCGGCCUCGGCGCGGCCGCCGUGACUCACCCGGCACCGGGAGCUCUGCGGGGCUGCCGUGGGCAGGGAUGGGCAGGGGCGAGCAGGGAUUCGGGGAUGCUGGUAUGAGCAGGGAUUCGCAGGGAUUCGGGGAUGCUGAGCCAUGCAGGGACGCCAGGAUGAACAGGGAUGAAGAAGGAUGCGGGGAUGAGCAGGAACGCAGGGAUGAGCGGGAGGCGCAGCUUUGCUGGGCUGUGGAAGGAUCCCGGGGUCUGCAGGGAUGCAGGGAUUAGCAGGGAUCUGCAGGGAUGCAGGAGUAUGCAGGAAUUCAGGAAUGCAGGGCUGCGGGGAUGUGCAGGGAUGUGCAGGGAUGCAGGGCUGUGCAGGGACUCGGGAAUGACGGGACUCAGGAAUUCAGAGGUUUAGGGAUGCAGGGACACGCAGGGUUUCGGGGAUGCAGGAAUGCGGGGAUCCCCCCGCCCCGCACUCCUUCCCUCUCCCUCUCCCUCUCCCUCUCCCUCUCCCUCUCCCUCUCCCUCUCCCUCUCCCCAGAGCUGUCCCGGGAAGGUCCCCGCGCCCCCCGCGCCCCGCAGCACCGGGCAAGGAGCGGGGAUCCCCAAGGACAGGCGGGAGCGGUACCGGAACCGGCAGCGAUGCCCGUGGAGCCCCUGGUCUGUGCCCACACGGCCACGCGGGUGAGCUCGGUGCUGCACCGGGACGUGAAGCACUUCGGGAAGCAGCACCUGUUCGACGGCAGCGAGGAGACCUGCUGGAACUCGGACCAGGGCACGUCCCAGUGGGUCACCCUGGACUUCCCCCGCCCUGUCAAGGUCUCCCAGCUGCACAUCCAGUUCCAGGGGGGCUUCUCCAGCCGGCUGUGCACGCUGGAAGGCUGCAGAACGGGCGAGGAACUGGUGAAGAUAUCCGAGCUGUACCCCCAGGACAGCCACGCCAUGCAAAGAUUCCAGGUGCAGGAGACGGUGCUGGACAAGCUGAAAAUCACCUUUGGGAGCAGCACGGAUUUCUUCGGGAGGGUGGUGGUCUAUCACCUGGGGGUGCUGGGGGAGCGGCUCUAGGGGGACCCCGGGGCUGUCCCCUCUCUGUCCCCUGAGGUGACACCGGUGAGGCUGUGCUGGGCCACAGGCGUGGAAUGGGAUCAAUAAACAAUCUUCCUGUUUUUUCCUGGAA